AUGCUUUAUGUGGACGGCGGUGGAAUUGUGAAUUGGAUGUGCGCGGGAAAGAAGCACAACCUGCUGUGGUCUCCGGGACCUAAGGAGCGCCAAGAUAUCGUAGAUCACGCCGCGCGCACCUCUGCCCAUUUGGCUGACGUGCCGGAAACCGCCGUGAUGCUUGCGGGAGGCUCGGCAUCCAUCCUCCAGCCCAUUACGACCUUCCUGCCGCCUGCAAAGCCUGAAAGUGGUGCCUUCCUCGUUGUUCAGUUGGGUGGUGAUUGGCAGGAAGUGUUUCUGUUCCACCCGACGGAGCCAGACGGUAAGCAUUGGCUGGCUCUCACGACGACUUGCUCCAAUGCUCCAUUGUGGACCCUGGUGCGCUUGGAGCCAGGCUACUACUUGAAAGCCAGCACGUCCGGGACGGACCGUUCAUACCCAAUACUCCGUGAGCAAGACGUUUGGUGGAUGUGCAGCAGCAGUGGUCUCGACCGCUGCGAACCUUGGGUUCCAGCUGAUCUCGCCGCAAUUCACAAGGACGGCUCGGAAGUUCUCCAAAGCCUCGGCAAAAUCCCUGCCUCCGCCUAUUGCAUGGCUGGUGGACAAGAGCCGUGGCUGCGACACUGCCAUGACGUCAACAGGGAAGUUGUCCUACCAGAAGCUGGCAAGUUCGCGGCAGUGCUGUAUGAUGGCUGUUGGCAAGAAGUCUUCUUGUGCAUCCAGCUUGGAGAUCUCUCCCACUGGCUUUGCCUCACCUGGGCACCGGGCAAGUCCACGUUCUAUUGGUGUGCUCUUCAUCUCUUGGAGGGCUCCUUCCUGGUCCUGAAGCACAGAGGAGCCAACAGGCUAGACGUGGCGAGCAUCGACCUCCACCAGAUGCAGGAGCCUCCGCACUUCGACAAGCUGUGGGUUCCGGGGCCCGUUCAAGUGCAAUCGGCAUUCAAAGAUGCAGA